AAAAAAAACACCAGUCUUCCCCCAAUUCGCGAAAUUUCAAACCCAAUCGAACGCUUCCAAACCCUAGGCGAGCUGCGGGCGGCGGCCGCUCGCGAGCAUCCAGCCAUCGAUCGCCAUGGCGCCGCCUCGCCCCCCUCCGGCCCGCGGCGGACGCCGCCCACCCCCUAAGUCCGCGCCCCUCCGUCCGGAGGAGGAGCUGCUCCUCGAGGCAGCGUCCGACGGCGACCUCGUCCUCUUCAAACGGCUGGCGAGGAUGAUGGACGGCGGGCGCGGGCGCGUCACGGAGGCGGUAGAGGCCGUUGUGGAGUGCACGGCGGGGGCGCUGCACCUCGCCGCCGGCCAAGGGGAAUUGGCGAUGUGCAGGUACCUGGUCGAGGAGCUCCGGGUGGAUGUGAAACGCCUCUGGCUUAUGCAAUUAAUGGUGCAAAUAUAGCUACUGUGAAGUAUCUUCUGGACCAUGGUGCUGAUCCAGAUAAAGUUGAUGACAAAGGAUUUACUUCUCUCCAUAUUGCAGCUGAGGAAGGAUAUUGCAAUAUAGUGGAGCUCUUGCUUUCUAGAGGGGCUUCCGUUGAUGCAUUAUCUAAUCGUGGUACACCACUGCACCUUGCUGCUACUAAUGGUCAUCAUCAAACAGUGAAGAUUUUGUUGGACCACAACGCUGAUUGCAAUAAGAUUGUGAAUGGUGUCUACACACCUCUCCUUGUAUCUAUUUAUGCUCCGUCACUAAAAUGUGUGAAGCUACUAAUCCAGGCUGGUGCUGAUGUAAAUGGUGUGGGUAAUAUAACCCCCUUAAUAGCUGCUGUUGGGUUAACUGAGUGCAUGAAGUGCUUAUUGGAAGCUGGUGCUGACCCAAACGUCCCUGAUGAAUUUGGCAGGAUGCCAAUAGAGUUUGCGGCAAUAUGUGGUACACGAGAAGAUGUUGAGAUCCUAUUUCCUUUAACUUCUCGUAUUCCGGCUGUACGUGAUUGGAGCGUCAAUGGAAUAAUAUGUCACGCAUACUCAUUGCCAGGGCAAAAGUUCUAUGAGAGGGGGCUGGAAAGGGACAGAGCUAGUUUGAAAUUUCAAGGAAGAAAGGCACUCGAGAGAAAGGAUUACCUUUCUGCAAUUGAACUAUACACUAAGGCAAUGGGCCUUGAUUAUGAGGAUGCGACCCUGUACUCAGAUAGGAGUCUCUGUUUUCUCCAAAUUGGCGAGGGAGACAAAGCCUUUGCGGAUGCUUAUACUUGUAGAAUGAUGCGCCCUGAUUGGCCAAAGGCCUGCUAUCGGCAGGGAGCAUCUCUAAUGCUGAUGAAGGAUUAUGAAAAGGCCUGUGGUGCCCUUUUUGAUGGUUUGAAAAUGGACCCACGGAAUCUUCAGAUUGAGAACGCUUUACGGGAGGCUAUGGAUUCCUUGAGGAUAUCUCGUGGCGCUAAGACUAUAGAGAAGCAGUUAGAUUGUGUGCAAGUGUGGGUUUUCCGUAGUAGUCGCUGGCUGGCACGCUUCGAGAGUAGGGCAUCUGGACUGCAAGAAAAUGAAGGGACCGCCAGCGCGCUGGACGGCGGGAAGGGCCGCCUCAGGGACGCGGUGGAGGCCGUGACGCUCCAAGGGCGAGGCUCCGGGGCGCUGCACUUCGCCGCGCGCCGUGGGAGGAUGGCGGUGUGUGUGUACCUGGUCCAGGAGCUCGGCGUCGACGUCGACGCCACCGACGAGACAGGCUAUACACCUCUGGUUCAUGCAAUUAUUGCUGGCACUGUGGACACUUUCCAGUAUCUUCUUGAUCACGGUGCUAAUCCAGAUAAACCCGAUGGACAAGGGUCUACGCCUCUCCAUUUGGCUGCUGCAGGAGGAAAUUGUGAAAUAGUAAAAGCCUUGCUUUCCAAAGGGGUCAAUGUUGAUUCAUUGUGUCAUACUGGAACACCACUGCAUACGGCUGCUUUCUGUAGGCAGGAUGGUGCUAUGAAGAUUUUGUUGGACCACCAUGCAGAUUGUAACAAGAUAUUCAACACUGUCUAUUCACCUCUUAUUGCGGCUCUCAAUGUUGUCGGCUCUCUCAAUGUUAGCCCACUGAAAUGUGUCAAGCUUCUGAUUAAGGCUGGCGCUGACGUGAAGGGUGUUGGCACUGUGUCCCCCUUAAUAACUGCUGUCAACAAUGGCUUAACUGACUGCUACAAGUGCUUACUGGAGGCUGGUGCAGAUCCUGAUGUUCGUGAUGAUUUUGGCCACCUUCCAAUAGAAAUUGCUGCAUAUAACAAUAGACGGGAAGAUGUUGAAAUCCUACUUCCAGUAACUUCACGUACUCCAUAUGUGCGAGACUGGAGCGUUGAUGGGAUAAUUCGUUGGGUGAAAUCAAUGCCAUCAGUGGAGAAUGACCCCAUGAACAAAAUGAAUCCAGCUGAUCUCAAGUUAGAAGGAAGCAAGGCAUAUAAGAGAAAAGAUUAUGCUACUGCAGUCAAACUUUACUCUAUGGCAGCAGACCGCUGCCCUGAUGACGCAACACUGUACUCAAAUAGGUGCCUUUGCUGGCUUAAGAUGGGUGAAGGAGACCAAGCUUUGAUGGAUGCGGGAGUUUGCAAGAUUAGGCGCCCAGGUUGGGCAAAGGCCUGUUACCUGGAAGGAUCUGCUCAAAUGUUACUGAGGGACUAUGAGAAGGCGUGUGAUGCAUUUCUUGAUGGACUCAAACUGGAUCCAGCAAAUGUUGAGAUCGAGAACUCAUUACGGGAGGCUGUAAAUUGCUUGAAGACAUCUCAUGCCCCCCAAAAGUUGCAAGAAUAGUCAACUAUUAGGGGAAAACUUGCUAUUCACAGGAGCAGCACGACUGGUGCCAGUUCCCUCGGUGCGUGUGCAACGGAGUGUUGAGUUUAAAACAUCACUUGCUCUUGUAAACUAGGGUUCUUUAAUUUUGCCAAUGCUCGACUAGGCCGGCCAUGAAGAAUUA